UGACAGUUAAUCACAAAUCGACAGUCACGUCGAAAGUUUUACAAUCGUUGUAUAUAACAUUACAAAUUCAGUAUCUUUGCCGCGUUACAAUUUGCGCUAUACUUUAUUUAUUUUUCGAAUAUAUAAUUUCGCAUACGUUGUCACGAGCGAUAAAAGAGUGCAUGCGCAACGCGCAGCCACUCUUUCAGGAUUCGGCAAGUUCCACUGGUCGCAGAUGGAAUUCUCGCCUGUGAUUGAGGUUAUAGUUUCAAAGAGAAGAAGAAAGAAGACCAAUGUAAGAUAGUGUUAACUGACUCGAAUCGAUGAACGGGAGAAAUCGUUUCUGUGAAAAGUGACAGUAGGUCGAGCAUUUAAUGAGAAGACACACGAUGGUAACGACUACUCGAUCGCGACGCCGGAACAUACCAGUAUUAAAUAAUCUCGAACGUUGCCGAUACAUCGAAUGAGUUGUUAUUGUUAAUCACAGUUAUUGAGUAAGAAGCUGCCAGAGUUUAUGUUUCACAACUUGAUGACUUUGAGUUAGAGCGUGCGUAAUCGUGCGGGAGGAAAGGAUCCUCAUUUCGUUGAUGCAGUCGCGUUUCGUCGAUCUGUAAAACGUAAUUCAGUGAAAAGGCGAGAAAACGGCGUUGGAAGAGGUAGAAAUCUAUCCACAAGGUCAGCCGACCUAUUUGGAUCCGCUAUUAAUGAAUGAGAGAAGACAAAACAUGCUUAGCCGAAAGUUAAGUAACAGAAGGUUGCUGGUCGACCUGCUGGCACUGUUUUUUGGUCUCGGUGCGUGGGUCGGUGUGAAUGGAGUAUACGUUCAGCUGCCACUUCUUGUGAACAAUGCUCCAGAAGGAUGGAGUCUCCCUGCUCAUAUGGUUAUGCUAGUGCAAUUCGCCAAUUUGGGACCAAUAUUAUACACAUUGUACAUAAAGUACAGUAAAUGGGCAUGUGAUAAAUACAUUACUUAUGUAGUUUUAGCAUCAGGAGCACUGUCUACAUUUACGUUAGCCUUCGUGUACAACAAAACGUCAAUCAUAUUCGGCAACGAGCAUUCUACUGCUCUGUUGUCCUUGAUGUUCAUAACUGCCAUUGUCGGAUGUACUAGUUCUGUUCUAUUCAUGCCGUACAUGAGGAACUACAGAGAAAUUUAUUUGGUCUCCUAUCUUGUAGGAGAGGGACUGAGUGGUUUCAUACCAAGCAUGGUAGCAUUGAUCCAAGGUGUCGGUGGAAAUCCAGAGUGCUUGAACACCACUUCGGCCGAAUCUACUAAACCAGUAUUCACGCCUUAUUAUCCAGACCCAAGAUUCUCAAGCGAGACCUUCUUCAUCUUUCUCGGUACCUUAUUGUUCUUGAGUUAUCUGUCUUUCUUGGGGCUGAACAAUUUAUCUGUCGCUCGCGGGGAAAGGGUGAAACACCCAGGUAGCAUGGAAACGUUACCGACAGAUACGAAAGCACCUACGAGUUACAAAACAGAUUCCGGCUGGACGAUGCCGAAACGAGAGUACUUCUAUUUGUUACUUAUGAUGGCGGUGAUCUGUUUCCUAAGUAAUGGUACAUUACCGAGUAUCCAGUCGUAUUCCUGUUUACCGUAUGGGAACGUCGCGUAUCAUUUAACUGUUACAUUGUCAUCGAUGGCUGGACCAUUGGCAAUGUGCCUAGGCUUUUUUAUUCAAACGCCAAAGACGAAUUUCCUCAGUGGCCUCACGGUUGUUCUUCUGGUACUGUCCGGCUUCGUUUGCUAUUUAGCUGCUGAAUCGCCUACUCCGCCUUUGCAGCAUAGUUGGCUAGGCGAAUUUUUAGUAGUCGUGUCAUGGAUAUUAAUCAACGGUCUGGUUGGAUUUAUAAAAUUGGGCAUCACUACGAUGUUCAGACCUGAUCCUGGCAGGGGGCUAUAUUACACUGGGGUCGCGACUCAGGUUGGAUCGCUAAUAGGAGCUAUAGUCACGUUUGUUUUAGUCAAUCACGUGAACCUGUUCCAUUCUUAUUCACCUUGCUCAAUGAUAGCCGUAAAUUGACAUUCGAGAACGAGUACAAAUAGUAAGGAUUAUGUUAAAUCAAUUAAUUUUACUUGAAAUUUCAUACCAUGGACGAAUUUAGGGGAUAUAAGUAAAUAUAUGAAUAUGCAGGUCAAUUUAUAUUUAAUAAUGAAGAAAUCAAACUGUUUACAAUUGAAUUUUAUGCAGACAGAUAUAUUAGAUUUUUUUUAUCAUCAAAUCUUUAUGAAUUCGUGAAAAGAUUAAAACUGAUGUUAUAGAAGUACUAGAUAUAAUGCAUUUUUACGUCAAUCGUGAACAUGAUUCAAGUGAAUGUACGAGACAGGUGUACUUAGAAAUCCAGAAGUUUGAAUAAAAUUAUUUUAUAUAUGUACAUAUAUAGAUGAAAAUAUAUAUUUUUAAAAUUAUAA